AGGGAUGUGGAGUCCCUGAAGAUGCUUUUGGACAAUGGUCUGAGGUUGGGACAGUGGCAGGAGAUACCAUUCACCCAGGAUCUCCAGGACAAGAGAUCAGACUGGCAGUUACAUGUGUUUUUUUUUCAAACUGGUUGCCAGGUUCGCACGGACGAUGACAUCAGAGAUUCCGACCUUCCUGAUUGGAGGGACCGGACUCCGUGGCGCCUGGAGAUCAGUUGGACAACAGUAUCUUCUCAGAGCUGUUCUCCACUCCUGACUUCUCCUAGGCUUGAGAAUUGAUAACAUACUCUUCUGGAUCCUAGCAGUGUCCAGAAGAAGGCCAUGGACAGAACGGAGACUAGGGUCCAUAAGAGGGGACAGAUUAUGGGAAAGAUCACAACCAGCCGUCAACUGCACCUGCAGAAUGAGCAGAGUCCCCAGCGGAGCACCUCGGGGUACCCCCUUCAGGAGGUGGUGGAUGAUGAAGUACUGGGACCAUCAGCCCCUGGGGUAGAUCCCAGCCCCCCAUGUAGGUCCCUUGGCUGGAAAAGGAAGAGGGAGCGGUCAGAUGAAUCUGAGGAGGAGCCGGAGAAGGAGCUCGCCCCUGAGCCUGAGGAGACCUGGGUAGUGGAGAUGCUGUGUGGGCUCAAGGUGAAGCUGAAGCAACAGCGAGUGUCACCCAUCCUCCCUGAGCACCACAAGGACUUCAACAGUCAGCUUGCCCCUGGGGUAGAUCCCAGCCCCCCGCGUAGCUCCUUUUGCUGGAAAAGGAAGAUGGAGUGGUGGGACGAAUCUGAGGAGUCGUUGGAGGAGGAGCCACGGAAGGUGCUCGCUCCUGAGCCUGAGGAGAUCUGGGUGGCGGAGAUGCUGUGUGGCCUCAAGAUGAAGCUGAAGCGACGGCGAGUGUCGCUGGUGCUCCCUGAGCACCACGAGGCCUUCAACAGGCUGCUUGAGGAUCCUGUCAUUAAAAGAUUCCUGGCCUGGGACAAAGAUCUGAGGGUGUCGGACAAGUAUCUCCUGGCUAUGGUCAUAGCGUAUUUCAGCCGGGCCGGCUUCCCCUGCUGGCUAUACCAACGCAUUCAUUUCUUCCUGGCUCUCUACCUGGCCAAUGACAUGGAGGAGGACGACGAGGACUCCAAACAAAACAUCUUCCACUUCCUGUAUGGGAAGAACCGCUCUCGCAUACCCUUGCUCCGUAAGCAUUGGUUCCAGUUAGGCCGUUCCAUGAACCCGAGGGCCAGGAAGAACCGCUCUCGCAUACCCUUGCUCCGUAAGCGUCGGUUCCAGUUAUGCCGUUGCAUGAACCCGAGGGCCAGGAAGAACCGCUCUCAGAUAGUCCUGUUCCAGAAACGUCGGUUCCACUUCUUCUGUUCCAUGAGCGGCAGGGCUUGGGUUUCCCCGGAGGAGUUGGAGGAGAUCCAGGCUUAUGACCCAGAGCACUGGGUGUGGGCGCGAGAUCGCGCUCGCCUUGCCUAGAGCUCCAGGGACCGUGGAGGCCUGAGGUCAUCGGCCUGAGAGAAGAACACCGGACCCAGGGGAGAUGUGGAUUUUCAGCAGGAACUUUAUUCCAAUGCUAAUGGCAGACACCAGGAAGGAGGAGAGGAAUCAUUUGUGCAGAUCAUCUAGAAGAAUCUGGACCAUUCUUGAUGGAGCUGAAUACAG